CCGUAUCAUUCGGCAUUAAGCAAUCCUUUUUCAGUCCGUUGCUUAGUGUAUAAAAAUGAGUGAUGGGUUGCCUUGUCCUCGAUCUCUGAGCCUUUUUCUUUUAAGCUCUCCCUUCCCAAUACUCUCCACUAUCCUAUCUUCUUCUUCUUUUGAUACUCAAAUUCACUUUUAAAAAAUAUUGUUUUUUUUUUCAGUAACAAAAACCCAUAUCUAGAAACUAAAAAAGAAGUAUUAUUAAUUUUUAGUUGUUUGUGCUUAAAUUUCUGUAUUUUGGAACAGUGCCAUAUAAAAACAUUGAGACCCACAUGCAGAUUAUUCGUCUUGUAUAUUUCUUGUUCAUUUUGUGUUCAGUUUUUGAAUUCAACAAGAGGUUUCUGGAUUUUGUUUUCAUGGAUUGUGUUGAAUCCCUGAAGCAUUUGAGUUUGAAUGCUGAUUUGGGAUUUGGGUUUUUGGUGUUUGGGUGGUUUGGACAAGUGUACAAAGUUUUGGGGUUGUUGUUGUUGUUUGGUUUGGGAUUGAGGGUUUUGCAGUUUAGUUGGUAUUGUAAGGGUUGGAAUCGUUUUCUUUGUGAUUUUUGUGGGAAAGCAAGUGAGUUGAGAAAUGGGUGUUGCUCCAAAAAUGACUUUGAUGGGAAAUGUAGUGAAAAGAUGAAGUCUUGUGAGACUGGGUUGUGGAUGAAUUCGAACUUGGAAGAGGAAAAAAAUGGUGGUUUAUUGGAAUUGGAUGGUGAAAAGGAGGAGUAUGAAGAAGGGUGUAAUGGUGAUGAAGACAAAGUGUUUGAUGUUUUGUCACUGAGAAAGAUGAUAAAGAUGGAAAGGCGUAGAGCAAAUGCUGCUUGCUUGGAACUUGAAAAGGAGAGAAUGGCAGCAGCUACAGCAGCUGAGGAAACAAUGGGGAUGAUAUUGAGGUUACAGAAUGACAAGAGUUUAGUUGAAAUGGAAGCAAAUCAAUAUAAAAGGUUGGCUGAGGAGAAGCAAUUACAUGACCAAGAAGUGAUUCAAUCAUUACAAUGGCUUGUACUUCAGCAUGAAUCAGAGAGGAGGAGGACUAUCUUGGAAGACCAAAUGAUGAAAUCAUCUAGUACUAAAAAGUUGAAGCCUUUUGGGAAAAAGGACAAUGAAGGGGACCACUCACAAGAAGUAGUAGCUGUUGAGGAGAAUUAUACUUCUCUCAACACUAAUCUUGAUGAUGCUUUUCACUAUACACUGUUUAGCUCUCUUGACAUGGAUAUGUCACCAGAGUAGUAAGAGUUUUUUAUUACUUGGGAAAAGACUAAAACACUGUAGAUUUGCCUCCCUUCAUUGCAGACCAGGAACUGUUUGGCAUUGAGAGAGUGCAUCAACUUGUCCAGCUAUAACCAACAUCAAGAAAUGGUCCAUUGUCAUUUGUUUUACUUGAAUCUCUAGCAACUAAUUUUGUCCUUGAACAGUAAGGUAGAGUGACAGAAACCAGGUCCUCCUCCUUGUGUAGUGGAAUUAUGUUCAAUUUUUACUUGUAAAUAUAAUGGUAGUAUUAAUAUAGCAACUCAAUUCUUAUCAAGAAAUAGACUGUCAUCUUUUGC